CAAGGCAACUGCAAUUCAGAACGACACACAUUCUGCUGUGGGGCAUCAGCCUUAUCAGUCGCUGCACCCUUCACUGCACCCUUCACUGCACCCUUCACUGCACCCGUCGCUGCACCAGCUACAGUCCCUGCCUUAUUACUAAUUUCUACCUCCGCAACACGUGCACCUGGUUUUCUAUCCACUUCCACGUUUGUGUCAAUUCCCAAGAAUCCGAGUACCACUGAGGAGAACUGAGAAGAACAGUUGUGGUUGAGUGCAAUUGUCCGUUCCAGUGAUUGGUGUCCUGCAUUCUACCGAAGUUGCAUCCUGACUUCCACUGUUCAUCUGUUCCACACUUGCUCCUCCCGGAGACCCUGAAUGGGAAGUAAUGGGCGGGCGAUCCCGGUCAUCGUCUCGACGACGGCGUGCAAGGCGAGUCCCUCGUUUGGAUCCCGCCGCUGAUCAGUUCGCUCCUCCCCCCCCAGCGCCCCCUUUCGUUGUGAAAGAUCCCACAUCCACGAAUCCUAACAUGCCCUCAUCCUACAUGUACCCUCAAAACAUGUCGGACCAAGACUUCUUCACUGCGCAGUUGUACGAUGAGCAGUCGGCGGCCCACACGGCGUAUGCCCAAUACUUGGACACCGUUUCUACCAGCACCCCCAUCAGCAGCAUGGAAAGUCUCCAAUCCCUGCAGGCGCCUUUCUUCACCCCGGCCGAACUCCCCGAUGCUCGCUUCCCACUGGAUCCAUCGCAAACGGGCGGGACCUUCGAGAAUCCGUAUAGCCCGCCGGAAUCUCCUCUCCAGCCGCUGGACAUGAAUGCACCACGGCUCUCGACCGCAUCCGACUCGACCGGGUCCCUCUCAAGCACUAGCAGCUCGACGAUCCCGUCGCCCGCCCUUCCUGCGGCCUUCGAGGCUUGGUCAUACGCCGGACUGGGCUUGAGCCAAGCGGAGGGAUUCCCAAUGUCGCAGGCAUUCAUCAGCAGCUCCUCUUACGAUGCUGGUCCCAUUCUGGCUGCAGCUCCGAAGGAUCCGGGCUGCGUGGGUGAGUCAUCUGAAGUUCCUUCGUUGUCUCAUUUUAGCGUGUCUUCUGCCUUUCCUUCUUCUUCCGAGUCUUUCAAGUCGCCUGUGUUGCGAUAUCCGAGAAGAUCUUCAAUUGCCCGCCCUUUCCUGGAGAACACAUCGUCGCCGACCGCCACCACCCCGACCGAGAUCCCUAGGUCAAACGGGUCGACCGUCACCCCCAUCGAAUCGCAGGAUGGCGGGAUGUUCAAGUCUCCAAGCCUCCCAGCCUCCAGGAUGGCGUCUCCAUAUCUUCGAUGCUCUCAAGUGCCACAGCAGGAACCACAUGGGGGCCCAAGGUCGGUGGCGGGGUCACCGGUGGCUCCUCGAAGAAAUUCGCUCCUCUCGCAUCAAAUUUGGCCCCCAUCCGCGGCAGUAGAGCCCGUCCAGGGCAACUUUCCUGCGUCUUCUGAAUCUCUUUCAUCUCCAUUCUUUCAUCAAAGCAGCGGCAUUUUCGUUCCUCCGUUGGAGUCUUCUUCAGCUAACUCCGACCGUGCUUUUAGAUCCUUCUCUUAUCGCCAAUCAUUUCGCUGCUCCCUACUUAUACCCAACCGGAUUCAAUGGCGGGACCGCAUCGCCCCAUCUCACCAACGUCGAACACCCCCCUUCCCCGGCCUAUUCUCAAAAUUCGGGCCAUAGCCACCCUCGGGUCAGUUCGAGAAACAUUACCCAUGGCAGCCAAUCGCCACGAAACCGAUACGAGCCCUAUCCUACCUUCAACGAAUCACGACGACAGUCUAUUGGCUCA